AUGACUGAUAAGCCGCCCCGACGCCUGCCUGACCUGGUUUCACCUCCCGGGCAUCGCUGGCCCCGGCGGACGGCGGGGAGGAUUGUGGGACCGGCUAACGAGUCGACCCGCUGCGAACCUCUGGCCUCCGCCGCAGGGGGCUCUCCGGCCGCCCCGGUCUGCCAGCGUCUCUGGACCCGCCGCCCCCCCGCCGCCCUCCUCGCCACGCCAGUUAUCCUGACGGACGAGGAGGUUCAGAGGAAGAAGGAGAUGAUCCUGAAGAGGAAGGAGGAAGAGGCGGCCCGGGAGGCGAUGAGGCCCCGGCUGAACGAGGAGCAGGCCCGCAUGAUCUCCUGCCUGGUGGAAGCCCAUCACAAGACCUACGAUGCCUCCUACUCGGACUUCUCCCGCUUCAGGCCCCCGGUGCGCGAGGGCCCGGUAACCCGCAGCGCCAGCAGAGCCGCCUCCCUCCACUCCCUGUCCGACGCCUCCUCCGACUCCUUCAACCACUCACCGGAGUCGGUCGACACCAAGAUGAACUUCAGCAACCUGCUGAUGAUGUACCAGGACGGCGCCAGCAGCCCGGACUCCAGCGAGGAGGACACCAAGCUCUCCAUGCUGCCCCACCUGGCCGACCUGGUGUCCUACAGCAUCCAGAAGGUCAUCGGCUUCGCCAAGAUGAUCCCCGGCUUCAGAGACCUGACCGCCGAGGACCAGAUCGCUCUGCUGAAGUCCAGCGCCAUCGAGAUCAUCAUGCUGCGCUCCAACCAGUCCUUCAGCCUGGAGGACAUGUCCUGGAGCUGCGGAGGGCCCGACUUCAAGUACUGCAUCAACGACGUCACCAAAGCCGGUCACACUCUGGAGCUGCUGGAGCCGCUGGUGAAGUUUCAAGUGGGACUGAAGAAACUCAACCUGCACGAGGAGGAACACGUGCUGCUCAUGGCCAUCUGCCUGCUGUCCCCAGACCGCCCGGGCGUCCAGGACCACGCCCGCAUCGAGCAGCUCCAGGACCGCCUGUCGGAGGCGCUGCAGGCCUACAUCCGGGUCAACCACCCGGGCGGGCGGCUGCUCUACGCCAAGAUGAUCCAGAAGCUGGCCGACCUGCGCAGCCUGAACGAGGAGCACUCCAAGCAGUACCGCUCGCUGUCCUUCCAGCCGGAGCACAGCAUGCAGCUCACCCCGCUGGUGCUGGAGGUGUUCGGCAGCGAGGUGUCAUAGCAGGGGGGGAGGAGGCGCCCGGGCGCCGCAGGAGGACCCGCCCGCCCGCGGAGAACCCCCGACGCCACCCGGGAGGAAGACGGGAGGUCCUCCUCCUCCUCCUCCUCCUCCUGAGCUCAAACACAAGACUGGACCUCUGGAUUUACACUUUCUCUGCAUCACCAGAUUCUGGUUCCAUUUUUAUUUUUGGAUCGGCAUUACCUGUCAUCACACGGUGCAGAAAAAACAAAACAGACUCACCACCAUCCUCCAGAUUCUCCCCCAGGAAGCCUCCAAACAUCUUCUCUCAUCGCCAUUUUUCUCCCUGGAAAGUAUGAGAACUCCUGCCAUUGCCACCCCCCCCCUCGGUGGAUCCCUUCUCGCUCAUCGCUCCGUGUUUCUCCACAUCGCCAUGAAAAACAGGAGCAGACACACAGGUUUACAUCUUCUACAGCCUCUGGAGUCUCUCCAGCACCGGUUUACAGUCAACAGAUCACACAUCCCAGCUUUGCAGCGGUUUGACGGGACACGAGAGUGGAGCAGGAGUGUGUGCGUGCGUGUGUGCGUGAAUUUGUGUGUGUGUGUGUGUGUGUGUGUGUCCUGCCGAUCCCGGUUUAUCUGUGUUAGGUGUCGGAUAGUGACGGAGUGGCGUUUUGGGAACGUUGGGAUGUGGAGGAGGUGCUACAGCUGGAAUUCCCACAGUUCGCUCGACAAAAGGGAUUUUCACAAAAACAAGAAUGUAUGUAUAAUGCUAUAUAAAUAUAAAUAAUACGUAUAAGCUGAUAGAUAUAUGGAUAUAUAUACACACACAGUAUAUAUAUAUAUAUAUAUAGAUAUAUAUAUUUAAGAGAGCAAGACAUGGUUGCUUCCAUGGAAGCAAAUAGCUGAGUGUUGUAUAAUGUAGAGGAUCUGAAGGCCCCUCCUCAGUUGUAUGUGUGCGAGUGUGUGUUUGUGUGUGUGUGUGUGUCCCGUUAUAAAAGACACACAGAGAAGCGUGCGAGGAGGCCUUGUAUUUUUUGCGACAUGUGUACAGUGUGUUGAGAGUAUGGAUGGACCACAAGGGGGUGUGUGUUCAGGCUCUGACCGGGGGUCUCUUCUCUGUCGGCUUCAUGUUUUUUGGACCUGUGAAGUUUAUCGAGUGACACACACACACACACACACACACACACCCACACACAACUUCAUGUUCUGUGGAUAGUAAUUAUCCCCAAAAAAGAAAAAGAAAAGAAAAAAAAAACGUCUGGCUGGUUAGAUUGCUGCUAAGACAGUUCGCGCCGGAGGCCGGACGGAAGCCGGCCGGCCGCCGGCGGUCGCCUCAGGGAAAAGUUUGUCUGACAAUAUUGUGUACUCUGUGUUUUGGGUGUGCGUUGCGUAAGCUUACAAUCAUGAGACAGAGAUUGUUUUUUGACGCUCUAGGCAUCACUGUGAUUUCUAAUCAUUACUAAAUGACAGCAUAAGGAAGCUAAACUAGAAA